GUUUUCUAUUUUUUCAAAUCUCAUCAGCUUCUACCGUGCAACAUAAAAAGGAUAUACAAUGGUUUGUGAUAAAUUAGUUGGUCUCGUAAUGCUUGCAAUUGCUACAGCAGUCUUCUCAUAUUACACUAUUUGGGUAUUUGUUUUACCAUUUGUUGAUGAAAACAAUUUCUUACAAUACUUCUUCUUACCAAGAGAUUAUGCUAUCAAGUUACCAUUUUUACUUUUAUUAUUAGCAGGUUUAGGUGUUGGUUCAUUUAUCGGUAAUGUCUUAAUUAAAAAUGCCCAAAAGGAAAAAUUGAAAAAAAGUAAGAAAUCUGAUUAA